CAUCACCAUUUAGAAGACAAGGUCAAAGGUUGUUUGUUAUCAUGAUGUUAUGAGAAGAUAAAAUUUUUCAAACUGCACUCAUGCAAACGUGAUCGUUUCUCCCUGUUCGAAACAUUUGUUGACAAUUUUUUAGCUUGAAAAAUAACAUUCAAGAUGAAGAAGGUUACAAUCAUCGGUUCCGGCAAUUGGGGUACCGCAAUUGCAAGAAUCGUUGCUAGUAAUGUAAAAAAUUUCGAAGAAUUCGAUAACACUGUAAAUAUGUAUGUUUUUGAAGAAAUGAUUGAUGGUAGAAAGUUGAGUGAAAUUAUCAAUACUGAACAUGAGAAUGUGAAAUAUUUACCUGGUUUUAAAAUUCCUGAUAAUGUUGUUGCUGUACCAGAUCCAGUUGAAGCUGCUAGAGAUGCUGAUAUUUUAGUGUGGGUUCUACCUCAUAAGUUUGUUAGAGGAGCUGCUGCACCAAUGGUUGGCAAAAUCAAACCUAAUGCUGUUGCUUUAUCUUUAAUUAAGGGUUUUGAUAUAAUUCCUGGAGGUGGAAUUGCUCUCAUAUCAGAUGUGCUACGAGAUAUGUUGAAUAUUGAAGUCAGUGUCAUGAUGGGUGCUAAUUUGGCUGGGGAAGUGGCUGCUGGUAAAUUCUGUGAAUCCACAAUAGGUUGUAAAAAUCCCCAAACAGGACAAAUGCUUAAGAAUCUGAUGCAGACUGAUUAUUUCAGAAUUGCUGUAGUUGAAGAUAUUCCUACAAUUGAAAUAUGUGGUGCUCUUAAGAAUAUUGUUGCAGUUGCUGCAGGUAUUGUGGAUGGGCUAGAACUAGGUGAUAAUAGUAAAGCAGCUGUGAUGAGGAUUGGAUUAAUGGAGAUGAUUAACUAUGCUAAAACAUUUUACCCUGAAUCCCAGCUGACUACUUUCUUUGAAAGCUGUGGAGUGGCUGAUCUCAUCACCACCUGUUAUGGUGGACGGAAUAGGAAGAUAGCGGAAGCCUUUGUCAGAACUGGAAAGAGUAUGGAACAAUUAGAAAAAGAAAUGCUAAAUGGUCAACGUAUGCAAGGACCUCAAACUGCUGAAGAAGUCUACCUGAUGCUUUCAACUAAAGGACUUCUAGAAAAAUUUCCAUUGUUAGUUGCUGUUCAUCGUAUUUGCAUUGGUGAGUUGCCAGCUACACGGCUAAUUGAUUGUGUCCGUUCCAAACUGUAAAAUAUUAUUCCAGGUUAAAGAUCUUGAAACUGUGCAAGAUUUCACAAGGAGUCAAAUUUAUGUUGACAUGUUAUUUUUGUCUUUUUUAAAAAUCAUAUAAAUAUUAUUUACUAAUUCAUUUUCAACUUCAAAUGACAUCUCAUUCUGUAUCGAGAAUGAAAAUUUUUUCUUUACCUUUCUAAGACUAUUCCUUAUUUGUUUUUUUGUGUGUGAGUUCAUGGAUAGUUUUAUUUUUAUAAUAUUUUACUUUAGAUGCUAUAAAAUAUUGACCAUUCAUCCACUGGGCUUUAACCUAGAAAUAUGGUUUUUAAGUUUGAGUUCAGUGUGAAUGUACUUUUUAUUGUUUUAUUUUUUGCAUCACUGAAAUAUUUAAUUCUUCAGUAUGUUUAGACAAUUACUUUGAUGUAAAUUAUUCUAAGAGAAUUUUAAUAUUGUUGAACAUGUAUUGUUGCUAAAUAUUGUAAAAUCAUAGGUUUAUUCUUAUUUUAAGCACAAAUAUUUAUCAUUGUGUUAUGGAAUUUGGCAUGCUAUUUAUCUGAUGUAAAAGGAUUGCUAAGGAACUUUAAGUCAUUUUUUUAAAAUUAACAGACAAAUGGUACUCAGAGUUCCAUUUCAGUUUUAUGGACUGUUAAUUGUUACAAUUUACACAAAGGUUUCACAUUAUAAUGGUACCUGUUGUGUGUGAAGCUUUUUGUCUUGUUUAAAUAGUUUUAUUUUUGUGAUCAUGGAUUCGAGUAUUUUUAAAUAAGGAAAUUUAAAGGAAUUUGUUUUAGUUAUUGUAAGAGUAUUUAUUUUAUGCUAUAAUGAAUGUGCUUGGUUUAUGUGUUGCAGUAUUACAUAUCAUUUUAAAUUAACAUUGUGCAAUUUAAACUCUUUUAUCGAUGUAUAUUUGAAUGUUUCCAAUAUUUAUUAGUAAAACACUUCUUUUACUUGUAAUUUUAUUAGUGCAGCUUUCUGUAUGUCAGUGUAGUCAAUUAUUUUUAUAGGCUAAUUAAAAUAGAUAUCUUCAUUAAGGGAUUUUUUUUUAAAAUAUUGAUAUUGGCAUAAGCAUGAAUUUUAACUUACAGCCUGUACCUUUCAUUCUUAUACCUGAAUUAUUUUUUAAUGCAAAUGUGAGAAAUUAAUUUAGAUUCUUAUCUGUAAUGUUUCCUGUCCAGUAUGCAACGAAACCUAUUGCAAACCAUGUUACUGCAUAUUGCUCAUAGAUACCUGUAUAUUUUCAACAUUUUGAAUUUUCCAGACUAUUUUUCUACCUAUUGUCCUUUCAUCUCAUUUUUUGUUGACUGUAUUACGGCUAAUAGUGGAAAGUAAAUAGUAGAUAUGAAAUAUUAUGUUCCAUCCUAGUGCCAUACAUGCAAUAAUUUCAUAGAUCUCAAUAGUCCUUUUGUACGGAAUGAAGUUUAUCUUGCCUGUUUAAGUAAAUUGACGAUUUUAUGGAAAUUAAAGAAUAAAAUCAGUUCAAAAUUGUA